AUGAAACAUAAGCCAGCCUUUACACAUUACAGACAAAAGGCGGCUAGGAAAUCACUCCAAGAUGCGUCGUCAUCUAAGACACUUCCCAGUGCACCUGUGUCUAGCACCAAGUACAGCACCGUUACGCCGAGAGAACACAAGCCAGCCUUUACACCUUACAGACAAAAGCCGGCUAGCAAACCACUUCGAGAUUCGCCGUCAUUCGCCAAAUCCCAACUCUCACGCUGGAAUGACUUUCAACGAGCGAUUCAUGAGAAGUACAUUACACAACAAGCAGAUCAAAAGCCGACCAAGCCAUCUUACUACAGUAGCCCUGUCACCAUGGCGGAUAUCAUGGUAGGAUAUGUGCCAUCCAUUCUCUUCGCCGUAUGCGACCAUCUGUACAAGGAAGACCCGGACAUUCAGGAAAUGGUGGCAUUUAUGGUGCGCAAUGCGUAUAUGUUUGUCGUUGGAUAUCUCGCCUACGCGGAAUUCCGCUUGCCAACAUUGCCAUACACCAAAGUUGUAGCAUACGCACGCAGCAUCGGAUCCGUAUCCUACAAUGUGUGGCAGAAAGCGGUAGCCGAUUUCCUGGGAAAGCAGCAAACCGAUCACUUUAUCAUAGACCGGGCGUUGUACGCCACCCUCAUCGGUAUCGCGAUUUAUUUCCUCCUUUUCGCCGGACGAAGGACCCGCGAAGUUGUUCACCACGAAGAAGAUGAAAGCGAUGUAAGCGAGGAUGAAGACAUGUCUGAGACCCAGGAUCUGUCCGCCAGCUCGCCUGCUGCCAUCCAGCAUCGGAAAGAGACAUCAAUUCGUUGUGCCAUCGGCUUCACUGUUGUGAUGACUGUCAUCUGGCUCAGUCACUACGUCCAGGACCUGGCUGUUAUCUUGGCCAGUGUGCCAGCGGUACACGUCCUUUCCAUCUAUAAUGAAGAGGCGCGCAACACCAUCUUCACCAUAUUGAACCUGGUGGUUGGCGGCUCAUACCGAUCGGUCAUCGCCGCGCGAACCUGGAUACGAUACUACGCUGCGGUUGCAGUAGUAGUAUACGUCGUCAUCCAUAUAGACCAGCCAUCUUUGUGCGCUGAUAGACUUUUCAGAGGGGGCGUUGCCCCACCUUUCAGUCAUUUUGCUGUCGUGCUCAAGCUUGUGGGCCUCUCCUAUAUCGACUCACUCGUGCACGGCAUCAUCGAAGUCUCUCGAAUCUCCAUAGCAAAACUCCAGGUUGUAAAAGCUUGGGCUCGGUACAAGUUCAUGCUCAUCGUCAGAGGUCGCGCUGUUUUCCCGUGGCACCCAAACACUGUCGGCGAAUGUCUUCGCUGGGUGCUUGCGACAAUAUUACUCGGUCCCCGGACAGUAUAUGGGUUGCUGCCAGUAUGGGUUGGCCCAGUCAUUGGGUUGAUCGCGCUCUGGGCAUUGACGCAUGCAUUCAUACCAUUGUUCCAGUCUCUGUUCACGGCGAUCUGGCACACCAUACAGCCUUGGACUGAAAGGGCGUCGGAUGCAGCUGCUCAUACAGUGAAGGAGUUUACUACUAGCACUGCGUCUAUUCCAGCCCCAGUCAAGGGGUCGACUUCAUGGACUGCUGUAACCACGACAGCUUUACGCAAUUGGGUCACGCCUCCUCGCAAACUCACUCCAACUUCGCGGGAACGCGCAACGAGCUCUUAUGUGUACACUGCUACCUCGACGGAGAGGGCUACGAGCUCUCGUAUACGUACUACCCUCUCGCCGGCAUGGGCUACCAAGUCCGUUAGGAAUGCUACCUCCAGUUUCAUUACAAACACCCAGAAAACGACUUCUUCAGCAUUCGGAAGGAUCUCAAAGAACUUGAGCUUGUUCUACAGCGCACAAAUCAAGCCGGUUGUAUCUACCGUGAGUACACGCUGCCUCAGCAACUGGUGCCAAGGCCUAGCUUACCACUGGGUAUGGCGCGCGACGACUAUCGUCGCUGUCGCCGGUGUCUGUACCGUAGGCUGGAUCAUGGCCGCUCACGCAUAUCCCGCGCACAAGGUCCGGUCGUCAUUCACAUUCGCAGCUUGUUUCAUGAUAAUAUACGUCCUGGGCACAAACGGGGUUCUGGCUUGCACCCAGGACUACGGCAUUAUCCUUGCGACUGUUCUUGUCAUGCUUCUACUUCUAGCCUACUGGCGGCCGGAUCCGAUCGUGGCCCGAGAUUCUCCCGAUGAACCGCUUCCUAAUCUGCUUGAUGAAGUUGUGGCUCCUGGCUCUGCACCGCCAAGUCCUCCCCCAGCACAAAUUCCCAUCCCUACCAAUGACGUCGGAGAGUCACAGGAAGUAGACCCCCUAAUUGGACAACGUGAUACUUCCAAUCAGCCUCCAGACGCGCAGCCGCCGCAGACACCUCAGCCACCCAGCAACAGUCCAGCAGUUGAUCUUUUGGAUGAGGACUUAUCGGGGCUUCCAGAUGAGGUAGACGCGUUGCGCACUCAACAACAGGCUUCGCCUGUGCAAUCUCCUGUGGAAACGCCUACGCAAGAGCAACCGAUCGAGACUUCGGCUCAGGCUCAUCAUGAUCAGACGCCCACCGAAGAUGCAUGGACACAAACAGAUGCACCUCUUUCUUGGCCGCAGCGCUGGAUGAGCUGGCUCUUUGACAGUGAAGCGGCGCGCAUAGCAAGAGAGAGGACUAUCGAGGCUGCCAGGGCUGCUGCUGAGCAGGAGCACAAGGACUUCCUAGAGCAAUCUGGCCUGGGGAGCGGUGCACAACACGAGGAGUCACAGUCGUCAAACGACGCCAGCGAAAGUCCAGCUGCUGACUCAACGAUGACUUCUCAACCUACAGAGACCGAGCAACAGCACCGGGCUACCGUUGAAGCUGAGGAAGCUGAGGAAGCAAUCCCAACUAUCCCGUCAGAGACUGCGACUAAGGCGACUCCAGACCCUGCGGCUCAGCUGCCAGUGAUAUGGGUGGGUGCUGAUACAUCAGGAUCUUUGCGUAGCCUCACGCCAGCUGCCGAGUUCAAACGUACUCCACUGUUCGAGCCUACUCCUCUGACAACGACCACUCUCAAGACCACAGCGUCUCGCCCACCAGUAGUUCCUGCUGAGCCUAUUCCGCCAGCCACGACUGCUCCCUCAACUAUCGCCGCUCCUGCAAUACCAGCCAUUUCCUCCGAUUCUCUGAUCGUACCUACUCCCGUCAUUACGCCUACCGAUGUACCAAAGUCUGCCACAGACACUACUGAGCCUUCGACAUUGCUUGACAUAUCGUUUGAUCUACCUACCAUCGUAGUCAACGCACCAGAAUCUGAGACGCAAGGAGGAUACACGCCCAUGACAUUUGUUCCCAUUGAGAUGACGGAACUCGCUACACCCGCCAAGCACACGCCUCUCAAGGACCCUGCUUCGGAGCCUGUCAGUGCACCAGAUCACCAAGCUCCAGCCGCUGGUUCAGUGCAAGAUCAACAAGAGGAAGAUGCGCAAGACGAUGAGCAUGAUAGUGUGCAAGAAAGCGAUGAAGACGAAGACGAGGUCGAAGGAGAAGAAGAGUUCGAUUUCGGUGGGAGUCCCACAAUAGGCACAUCAGCUCCGCUACAGCCAGCGAGUCCUAUAGAUGCCGAGAUUGCUGCAGCACUUGAGAGGCAACGCGAGGAGGUGCGAAGAGAGGCUGAGCAGAAGAAGGUCUCGACUCAUAUGGAGGCUGCUUCUGGUGGAGCACCCGCGCCUGGCGACGGCGAUGACAGUGGCAACGGUGAUGGUAAAGAUCACAAUGAUUCGGGCAAUACGCCGAUACCUGGUGCCCCGAAUUAUGGUAUCCCUCAACCCGACAACGAGCCCUCUUCGCCAAAAGAUGCACCAAUGGAAGGCAUGGACAAUGACGCUCCAGCAGCUACACCCACCACUAACGCCAAUGCAACUGUCCCCGACUUACUCUCGCAACCAGCUCCCGGCACGGCAAACAGUCGUCCUUGGGCCCCAUUCAGCUCGCUUCCUUCCAGCAGGACUGAGCCGCCCAUGUUCACAGAAGAGGAACUUGAGACGCAAUUCGCCCUUCCUGCCAUCUAUAAUCGGCCUGCCGCUCGACCCACAGACCCAAAACAUCCAGACUCCGCAGAACAGUGGCGUAACAGGCUGCUGGGAGGUCCUAGUAUGAUGACCAUAAUGAGACGAGAGCGUGAAGCUGCGGCUCGAAGGGCUGGUGGUGAUGGUGGAGACCCGCCGCCUGGCCCUGGUGGCCCUUUCGGUGGAGAUGGCGGCAGCGGUGGUGGCGCGAACCCUCCAUCACCAUCGGGUUCAGCUGGCUCAGGACCUAUGGAGGGGAUGGACGAGUCUUCUUCGAGCGAUUCAGACCAUCACGGUGAGAGCGACCCCCAUAGUCAUCAAAAUGAUGACGGUCAGACUUUGGACAAUCAAGCUGACACCAACGAUCAGAUGGAUGAUGACAACGACGGCAAUGAGGGUGGUGGCGACGAUGAUGGCGAUUCAUCCGCACAACCUGAAGCUUCAAAUCUCGCCGAUGUUCCUAUGACUACUACGCCCGCGGCCUUUGAUACUACUGUCACGGCCGACGACGAUGGAGACGUUGAUAUGUCCGACCUAUUUAGUGCCGAUUUGGACGAUACCAAUUUGGACGAUAUCAAUAUGGACAAUAUCAAUCUGGAUAACAUUAACUUGGACGGCAUCGAUUUCGACAAGAUCGCUAACUCUGGCUUCAAUAAUGAGCAAACGCCAACCACCACCGCUGAUGACAUGAGGAGACAGCUGGUGCCUCUCGAGGGAAUAGAACAAGACAGCGGAAUGCCGAAAAAUCUGUACCUGUCUCCCGAGGAUGAGCAAUACGGUGAAAUCGCAGCAAACAACAUAUUCGCUGAUAUUGAUGCGUAUGAGGCGCAGAAUGGGCCUAUCGAUGUACCACCUCCCAUGUUUGAGCCUCAACAGUACCCGACAGACGGGGAAAGUUUCGAUGAUCUUCUUGGAAACGUCGGCGAUGAAUAUUUUUUACCGACCCAGCAGCCAUCGGUCAUUGUUCCUGGGCCUCCUAAGGGUGCGCCAGAUGCGUUUGACCCAUUCUCAUUCUCAAACGUGAACUGGGGUGCCGCAUUUGGGGAUGCUACGCAAGCCGAAGAGGGUGAUAAUGUGUCACAUCAAGAAAUCAUUGGUGCCGCUGUUGAGAAUGCAUUAGGAGAAGAUCAGGAGCCGGCACGAGAUGAUCUAGCUCCACCGCCACCAACCCACGGAGACGACUUUAACCUUGAAAACAACGAAGUUGCUGAAGACAAUGAGGAACUUAUCGCCGGGCUUUCGAAUGUCGAUCUUAACGUUGACCAGACGGAAAAGAAUGACAAAGCACAAGUUUCGCCAGGUUUAGGAACUCAGCGAGUAUGGGACAGUGACUUCAACAAAGCUCCGGACAACGCUGAACACGAAUAUAAACACCCAGAUGAGUUCACAAGUAUCAGACCGAGAACACGCUUAGUACAACUUCGGGAGGACCACAAGAUUGUGGAGAACCCCGAACAUGCGGAUAACCGGUCAGCCGGCCUGAAAUCGCUAGACGAACUGACCGGGCGACAAGGUCAGGUCUUCCGCGAAGUUCCCAUGGACACGUACGAGAUACGAGGAGAACGUCACGACGACUACAAGGAUGCACAAGAGCUGAUGGCAUGGUUUGAUCCAGAUGCUGAAGGUGCUGAACCUCGAGGUGAUUCCUCGCCAGCUGGUUCUGACGAUGGUAGCGCGUUGUCGGGCGAAAUCGAUGAUGAUGAACUGGACAAGCUUGCCAAAGAAGUGGAAAAGGAUCAGUUGGAUGAACUGAACAAAGCGUCCAAGAGAACACGAGACCUUUCUGAUGACUCAGAUUCAGAAGCAUCGGAAAAGAUUCCAGAUGGUCCAGCAACUCCCCAGGAGAGUUCAGAUGCACGAGCUGGUACUCCGAAGAAGGGCCGCUUCAGAGGUCCAGUCUCAUUUGAUACUGAGGAAGAAGCCCGUUUCGAGAAGAACGAUGUGGAAAAGGUCCUGGACCUUCCGGUAUUCCAGAAACUGAAGGAGGCCAACACCACAUCGACAACCCCAUCGCUGGCGCAACCAUCUCCAAUCGCUAUGUCUGGUCUUCCGACUCGCCCGAGUACUAAAAGUAUACUCAACGCGCCGUCGAUGCCAAGCUCGAAUCCUACUUCCCCAUUUUCGUAUGACAGGCCGCCGCCGCCUUCACCUCUAGCAGGUGGUUUCGCACCGGGAGGUUACGCACGCUCGUAUAACCCAGUCACUUUGCAAAAGAUGAACGGCACGUCCCCUUAUGGAGGUAUACCGACUCUCGGCAAUUUUACUACACCACGCGGUCAAAGUGGUAAUGCGACACCGCCUCCUUGGAGUCCAAGCUACCCAGCCAUGAAGCUGCCCGAUGCUGCACUAUCGAACGCAAGAAGCUUGCUCAAACCGGCAUCCGCCCGACAUCGUGCGCAGCCUACAUCAGGCACAGCGACUACAAACUCCCCGCUCACCUCGCCCGCGUACAUGCCCAUGCAGCCCUCGGCGGGCGUGAACUCCAGUAACUUAUCGACUACUCCUCCAGCCUACGACCCGGCACAGCCUGCGUCGGGAUACACUCCGAAGUCAGCAUCAGACUUUCGGGCCCAGUUGAUACCUCUUUCUGGACUGGGUGUACCACAGAAGCCAUUGCCACAGCUUAGUCCGGUAACACAUCCAGGCGCCGCAACGCAAGAUGAAGAUGCGGUUGGAGAUCAGACCUCGCAAGCUCCAGUAAGGGAUGACAACAACGACCACGAUAGCGAUGUUGACAGCAUUUACGGUCACGACGAAGAGAAACCUCAGCAAUCCCAUAAUACCCAACAAUGGGGCAACACUGCGCAAACGAGUGUUCCAGCUCCUGAAGCUCCCACUGUACCUGUGAACAACGCGCCUGUCGUUGACGAUGAAGAUGCCAAUAUGGGCGGUUGUAGCCCGCCUACAGACGAGGAUAACCCGUCGUGA